CCGCCGGCCCGCGGGCUGCAGGGGCCGCUAACGGUCCCGCCCGCCGCCCGCGCCCCCCGCGCGGACCAUGGGGGCGGCGGCGCCGCUGCGCUCGGAGCUGUGGGUGCGGCGCCAGCGCUGCGCCGUGAGCCUGGAGCCCGCGCGCGCGCUGCUGCGCUGGUGGCGGAGCCCGGGGCCCGGGGGCGCGCCCGGCGCGGACGCCUGCUGCAUCCCCGUGUCCGAGAUCAUCACCGUGGAGGAGGUGGACAGGACGCCCCACACGGGCGGGAAGUGGCAGAAGAUGGAGAGGCCCUACGGCUUCACAGUGCACUGUGUGAAGAGGCGGCGGCGGCGGCACCACUGGAAGUGGGCGCAGGUGACCUUCAGCUGCGCGGAGGAGCCGCUGUGCCACCUGUGGAUGCAGGCGCUGCGGGAGCAGCUGGAGAAACUGACCUGCAGGCCCAAGCACCUGCUGGUCUUCAUCAACCCGUUCGGAGGGAAGGGGCGAGGCAAGAAGGUGUACGAGAGGAAGGUGGCCCCGCUCUUCCUGCUGGCCUCCAUCAGCACCGACGUGAUCGUCACCGACCAGCCCAACCACGCCCGGGACACGCUGUACGAGACCAACCUGGAGAAGUACGACGGGCUCGUGUGCGUCGGCGGGGACGGCAUGUUCAAUGAGCUGCUGCACGGCCUCAUCGGCAGGACGCAGCGCAACGCGGGCGUGGACCAAGACAACCCGCGGGCAGCGCUGGUGCCCAGCCCGCUGCGCAUCGGCAUCAUCCCGGCCGGGUCCACCGACUGCGUGUGCUUUUCAACCGUCGGCACCAACGAUGCGGAAACGUCGGCUCUGCACAUCAUCGUGGGGGACUCGCUGUCCAUGGACGUGUCCUCGGUGCACCGCGAGUGCCGGCUGCUGCGCUACUCGGCCUCGCUGCUGGGCUUCGGCUUCUACGGGGAUGUCAUCAGGGACAGCGAGAAGAAGCGCUGGAUGGGCCCCGUCAGAUAUGAGUUCUCAGGGUUCAAGACCUUCUUCACGCAUCACUGCUACGAAGGCACCGUGUCGUUCCUGCCGGCGCAGCACACCGUGGGGUCUCCGCGGGACGGGAAGCCCUGCCGUGCCGGGUGCUUCGUUUGCCGGCAGAGCAGACAGCAGCUGGAGGAGGAGCAGAAGAAGGCGCUGUAUGGGCUGGAGAGCGGGGAGGAGCUGGAGGAGUGGAAGGUCAUCGGCGGCAAGUUCCUGGCCAUCAACGCCACCAACAUGGCCUGUGCCUGUCCCCGGAGCUCCCAGGGCCUGUCCCCGUCGGCCCACCUGGGGGACGGCUCCUCGGACCUGAUCCUCAUCCGCAAGUGCUCCCGGCUGGACUUCCUGCGGUUCCUCAUCAGGCUCACCAACCAUUCGGACCAGUUUGACUUCACGUUCGUGGAAGUUCACCGUGUGAAGCGCUUCCAGUUCACGGCGAAGGCCGAGGAGGAGGAGGCGGGCGCGGGUGCGAGCGCGGGGAGGAAGAGCCUGGGCCACCUCUGCAGCGAGCAGCCCCCCGACUGCUGCGCGCCGCCCCCCAGCUCCUGGAACUGCGACGGGGAGGUGCUGAGCAGCCCCCAGCUGGAGGUCAGGGUCCACUGCCAGCUGGUUCGACUCUUCGCCAGAGGAAUCGAGGACGGUGGGAGGCCGGGCCCCUGCGGCUGAGCCGGGACUCGCGCACGCCCCGGGCCGUCCGUGCCGACGGACGUUUCCACGUAGAAGUUUAUUUUUGAUAGUUGAAUCUUGACCUUAGCAAGUCCCCGAAGCGCAAGGUCUCCCGGGGGCCCCACGCAGGCCUGCCCCCGGCCCCCGGUCAGCUGCAGCACCGCCAGCCCCUGCAGGCCCGCCAGGAAGCCCCGCUGCUCAGGGGCCCCGAGAGUCUGCACCAGGGCCGGGAUGCGGACACCCCGGGGUGGGGCCCCUGGGCGGCACCCGGGGCUGCCUCUCGGACCAGCUGCUCUUCGCCUGCUUUUUGGGUCUCGUCCCGAGCACCAGAACCGCAGAACCGGGUCUUCAUGUUGGUGACCCCCCCCCCGCCUGUCCCUGCCCUCCUGGGCUUCCUGUGGGUCAGGCUGGCCGGGCCCCUCGGUGGGUCGAGGCUUCCGCAGGCUCCGCCCAGCGCGGGGGACGAGGGGCCUGGCCCGUUUGUGUGUUUGGCGUCACCCUCACCUGGUGGGCGCCAGGACCAAGGCAGCCGGGCACUCGGUGUGCAGGGCCCGGAGCUGCUGCCCCCUGGGGCCGGCCCCUGGUCCUGCCGUGUCCCUGCCUCGUGCCCAGGCGCUGGCACGGAGCCCGGCACCUGCCCUUGGCCGUCUGGCAAGUGUCCGGGGGCAGGAGGGCGCUGGCGGCGGCUCCUAGGGGCCUGGGGUGUGGGUGCUGCGUGGGUGGGGGGGGACGGGCCCCGCAGCUCUGCCCCCGGGAGGUGGGCAGGAAAGGGCGAGCGGCUAAGUCUAGUCUUGCUGGUUUCAAGAUUAGAGAAGGGCCAAGAAGGCUUUGUCUGAACCGUCAGGAAUGAAGGAACUGGGCAGGACCUGGCCGACGCAGGGGUGGGGUGGGGUGGGGGUUGGGGGGACUUCCUGUCUCCAGGGCUGCGCGAUGGGGGGAAUCUCGGGGGAGUGAGCUGAGGGGUGGUGGCUGGGCAGUCUCUGCCUGAGGCCCCCUUCUCGAGGCCCACCAGGAAGUGGGAUGAGCCGUCGGCCCCCAGUGUCCCGGGACCCCCGAGCACCUGAGCCUGGGGGGCCGAGCCUCCCCCUGCACCUGCACCCGGGACGCCAAGCCUGCCCCUGCUGGCACACUCGGCCCCGUGGGCCCCCGGCUGCUGCGGCCAGGGGAGCCGCUUCCCACCCGGGGUGCUGGGCCUGGGUUAGGGGCAGGGUCCCGCCCAGCCGCGCUCACGGCCGACUCCAAGCUCUGUGCUCAGGGGUCACUCCCCCGGGGGCUCAGGGGACCGUGUCGAGUCCUGGGGACCGAACCCGGGUCGGCCGCGAGCACGGUGGCUCCAGGCCUGACCCUUCUGUACUGGGCACUGGGGGCCCCUCCCCACGCCCCCCUGCAGGUCUGCUGUCUGGGUCCAGAGUCCGGCACAGACAGCGGUGCUGGCCCUGCAGCCGGGGCUGACGUGGCCUCCGGGGUGUCGAGGGGUGGGGUGGGCCCAGGGCCAGUGCCUGCAAGACUGCAUGGGGCCGGGUGGGCAGGGCCGCAGGAGCUGGGGCCAGUGGGCACCUAGCCUGGGGGCAUCCGAGGCCCCUCUGGACGCCCUGUGGCCCUGGGGUGGGUGUCCUAGGGUGCAGCCGCUUCUGCCCAGCUCCGCCCCUCCCCCGAGGGCCAGUCCCACCCCCACCCGGCGCCUGCCCCCGGCCGGGCCCCUCCGGGGAGGGCCCCCCUCAGCACAACGCAGUUCAGGUUUGUUUAAAUAAAAAUUAUAAUUUAUACAA